AUGAGUUCUUGUACCAACAUCUGUGGGGCCAAACAAGCACAGAAUACACUUGAGGGUGGAUAUCAACGCUAUGGAGUCCGAUCCUACUUGCAUCAGUUUUAUGAGGACUGUACAGCUUCCAUUUGGGAGUAUGAGGAUGAUUUUCAGAUCCAGAGAUCACCUAAUAGGUGGAACUCGGUUCUCUGGAAGGUCGGACUCAUCUCUGGAACAGUCUUCCUGAUCUUAGGGUUGACCGUUCUGGCAGUGGGCUUUCUGGUGCCCCCCAAAAUUGAAGCCUUUGGAGAGGGAGAUUUUGUAAUGGUGGAUUCCCAGGCCAUUCAGUUUAAUGGAGCACUAGACAUCUGUAAGCUGUCAGGAGCUGUUUUAUUUUGUAUUGGAGGAAUGACCAUGGCUGUGUGUCUACUGAUGUCUGCUUUUGCAAAAAGCUACUCCAAAGAAGAAAAAUACCUUCAACAGAAGUUCAAAGAGAGAAUAGCAGACAUCAAAGCCCAUGCCCAGCCCAUCACAAAAGCUCCAGCCCCAGGGGAAACCAAGAUACCGGUCACUUUGUCCAGAAUUCAUAAUAUCCAGCCUUUAUCAGAAACCUGA